UGAGUUUUUCUUCUCCCCGCUUCUCUGUCAUCACAAUAAUCCUCCUUUUUCCAACUGUCAUGCUAGGAAGACACAUUGCCCCAAGACACACCACAGGUCAUGGGAAACAUGUUCAUGGACCUGAACAGCAAGCUGUAAUGGAGCUGCAGAAAGAGCCAUACGAUAAGAAGAUAAUGAGGAUGCUGGAAAGAAGGCCGAGCACGCUAAUGGUGGCGGGCUCGAGCUUGCCCAACUGUUCGCACGCGUGCGGCUCGUGCUCGCCGUGCCGUUUGGUGAUGGUGAGCUUUAUUUGUGAGGAAGAAGCAGAGACUUGUCCCAUGGCGUAUAAGUGCAAGUGCAAUAGCAAGUCCUACCCUGUGCCAUAAUUAAUCAUUGUAAUUAAUUUGUUAGUGAAGAGCUUGUGUGGUUAGUAGUUGGUGACUGAAUAGAUUAGGAACGUUAUAUAAGUCAGGAAAGCUUUUUUUUGGCUAAUUCGUGAGAGAUUAGGGAUCUGACACGUGAAAACGUGUUAGUUGUUGAGCCAAGUUUUGGCUUCUUAAGCCUUCAUCUAAUCUACUGUAGACUGGU